AUGCCAAAGGCACUCGACAAGGACACUGACAUCGUGUUGAAAUCACUCAGGGAGCAAUUUGAGAAGCUACUCUUGCAACCGUUGCUCGGUCUUGACCAACGCGAUCAACUGCCUCAGAAUACCGUGAUUGUUAUAGAUGCUUUGGACGAAUAUGAGCACGACCAAGACGUUCAAAAUAUUAUUCGAUUACUCCUUCGUCUGCAGGAGGUAAAAUCAGUUUGCCUUCGGAUCUUUCUGACCAACAGGCCAGAGCUUCCCAUCAGCUUUGGGUUUUCAGAGAUCGGGAGCCAUGAAAACCCCUCAGGACUUGCCUGGCGAUGA